UCUCGCUGGCGCCGUCGACCCUCGCAACCCCCCCGCCGACACCCCCGCGAAGUGAUAUCCCCGAGAAGAGUCGGUGCCCGACGGACAACCCCCGGCGAGAGUUGCCGCCGACAGGACACCCCCGAGAGUAAAAGGAUUAAGGAAGCAACCGUUUAAGUGUGCCAGAGGGACCGGCGAGGUCUUAAUUGCGGUCGAGUCAAUCCGGUUGCGGGAUCAGUGAAGUGAUUAAUGAGCUGGUGAGAAACCGAGACCGAAGGCAUGGCGAGUCAUUCGAACUACGAUUACGAGGACAGGGGGCAGAGGAUGAGGCACAGGGUGGGCACAGCGACCAGGCCGGCCGACUCCUCCGUCGCCUGCACCAGUACACAGUACUACGUGGGCCCGACCAGCGACAUCAGCGAGGAGGAUUUGGCCGAGCUACCAUCCUGCGUCUACGCAGGCAGAUCCACCCAGCAUGUUCCGCACACCUCUUCGCACACGCACUCGCCUUUACACUAUCACAUGCCUGUCUCCACACCUGAUCACAAUGACACAGAAAUAAAUGGUGUCGAGGAGGGUUACUAUCCAAAUGGCAGCCCCUACAGAAUCCAACGACACGCUGCUAACAUAAGAGAAAGGAAACGUAUGCUGAGCAGCAUCAACUCGGCUUUCGACGAACUACGAGUCCACGUACCAACGUUCCCGUACGAGAAAAGACUGUCGAAGAUCGACACCCUGCGUCUGGCUAUAGCGUACAUAGCUCUACUGCGAGAAGUGUUGGCAGCGAGGCUCGACCCGCUUACAUACGUCGAGAGGUGCCUUAGAGGAGAGAUAAACGGGGAACGAGCUGAAUGGAACACGAGUGAUCUGACCGCACGACUGUCGUGGAUAAAUUGGGAGAACCUCGGGGUAAAUCCUAACAGACGAUCCGUGUUGACCACCCUCGCCCUAACUACGGACAACAUGAAUUGAAGAGAAAUCACUGAGUUUCUCCUUUUCUUUGUAAAUAAAUCCCAGCUGGAAUAGAGAGUGCCAAAGGACAUUAUUAUACAUAUGAAUGUUGUAUAUUUCAGUUCUAGUCGUCUACGUGCAAUACGAGCGAUGAUAUAUAAUAUACAUAUAUUAUAUUUCGUAUUUCUAUACAUCUAAUGCAAUACUCGCGUGUACGAACGGAUAGCCAUUCUAGUUUUAGUAUUUUGUUUGGAAUAAAAAUCAGCGCUCGCGGGCGGCCAUAA